AUGAAAAUCACCAACCGCGACCUGUCUGUUGGUGACGAGAUCAACAUCAUCGGCGUGGUCGUUGCGUUCGUGGCGGGCAUCAUAUCCAUCAGUAUUGCGCUUCCAUCGCUCCGCAAAGCAUCUACCUUCAUGAACUUCAUUUCCUCGUCGUCAUUCCUCUUCAUUUUUGCCACCAUCCCCUGGGCGGUAUUCUCCAUGGCGGUGCUAUUCUCAGACACCCUCAUCUCUUCUCUCGUCCAGCCCUCCAAGCCGAAGAACAGGAACGGUAGCAACCAAAGAAAAGAACACUGCACUGAGCACGACGAGCGCGCCGGGCAAGAUGCACCACUGCCACCGCACAACAACAAAGACUUCCGGAUAGUCGGCCGUCCCAUGGAUGUCGGUGCGGUUUGGUCCGAGGCGGAUGAGGUUCGUGACGCUGUCGGUGAUGUCGGCCAUCAGCCUGGGAAUAUCCUUGCCUUGACGCAAGGCAUCAAGGACCAGGAGUCUAUUUGGCUCGUUGAUUUUGGUGUUGGUUACUCUGAAUAG